CUCAACGACACUGGAUUAUUCUAUUAGAUGCACGUUGCCUUCUUUGCCUGUAUAGAGAAGUCUAUAGAUACACCUCAUUUCCCGUACUUCUCCCACGGACAUCUCUACACAGCCAAUGUCAUAACAUUGGACACCAAGCAAACGCUCAAUGGACCGACCAUACCGCGCAGCAUCAGGGCGACGACGUGGUGCGGAUAGCUAUGCAAUAUCUGAAGAUUCGGGGACAGAUUCGCUUCAACAGCUCGAGCCGUCACCUCUCGACUGGACACUAGACUUGGAACAGGGCGGAAACCUGCCGAACGCCUCCACCGCCAGCGGAAAAGCCGCUGGUGAAGGAAGGUAUGAAGGAGAGAAUGCACAUCGACAUGACCCCAUUCGACAUGUAGGGCUAAGCGGGAAGGGUUGGGAGUACUGGCUGUCCAUCCUUCAGAGAACCUCGACCUACGCGCCCACAUUCUUCCUAACCCUCCACCUAACAAACACCUCUCUAAUCCCCCUCAUGACCAACUCCAUUACAGCCGCUGAACCCUACCUCCUCCUCACGCGACCCCUCUAUCAGUCCCCCGCCCUCGAACCUUUUCUGCUCACUAUACCCGUCCUCACCCACCUAAGCGCAGGCGUAGCCCUCCGCAUCCUCCGCGCCCGCCGCCGCGCCCGCCUCUACGGCGCCGAAACACGCGCCCAGCGCCACGAGUUCCGUGCGUCGGGGAACUGGAAACGGCCCAGCGUCCAGGCCCGGCUGGGUUAUCUGCUGCUGCCGCUCUUUGCGUCCCAUGUGCUGGUGAAUCGGGUUGUGCCGGUGUAUGUGGACGGUGGCAGUUCUGGGGUGGGGCUCGGGUUCGUGGCCCACGGGAUUGCGAGGGCACCGUGGCUUAUGCGAGGGUGGUAUGCGGCGUUGGUUGGGGUUGGGGUUUGGCAUGUUGUGGGUGGGUGGGCGUGGUGGAUGGGGUAUAAGACGGAGAUGACGGAGACGGGGAGGAGUCUGGGCCCAAAUGGGGGGGUUUUGGGAUCGAUGGAUUGGAGGAGGAGGUCGCGGAACGUUAGAUGGGUCGUUAUUGGGGUUUCAGCGACGGGGAUUGCGUUGUGGCUGGCUGGUGGACUGGGAGUUUUAGGACGAAGAGAACUGGGAAUGGGGUGGGAGGCGAAAGGGUGGGAUAAAAUAUACAAAGAGGUGCCGUUGUUAGGGCGGGUUUUAGGGCUGAAAUGAGAAAACGUAUUGUCGAUGGUUUCGGCCAUUUCAUGUUUGGGCACGUUUAAAGGUAUGUGUAUAGAGUUCUGCAGAUAUGCCAUGACAUAUCUGAUGCAAUAAUAGAUGUUCUCGUGCAGAAGUGUUCUCUUUGAAAGCCCUUCGUAAAUACAGGAUAGAAAAUGAGGAAGGACACAGGUAGGGAUACUCUGAUACCAAUUAAAUUCAACUCAAUCACGCCAAU